CCCAUUGUAUGUGCCUGAUGAGCAGCCCGGCCCAUCGUAUGUGCCUGCACCAGUGCCAGAGCCGGCGGCAAAAGGAGGACCUGGCAGUGCGGAAGGCGUGGAUGAGGAAGGCCUGAGGAAAGUGGCAAAAAGGCUCUUUGCGGGGACGGGCAAAGGGACCUUCACUCGCCAUAUAAAGUUCCCAGAGUCGAUGGGUGGGUAUUACUACAUUUUGGCAGUUGGUAUUAAGUAAAUGUGUUUUUGAUCCAUGUCAUUUUCAUCUCUGCACGUUUGUUUUAUUGAAUGAAAUGUUUAUUGUGAUUUUUUUAACAAAAAAUUACUUUAAACAAUACCAGGCCUUCCACGAGGGCAGCUGUCCCUCUGCAAAACACCGGGAGAAUGCCUUCUCGAAGGUCAGCCGCAUCAGGUCCUUUUUGGCCUUCAUGGCCGGCAAGGACUCCUCCCUGGCAACCUGGCGCUUUUUAGAUAAGGCGGAGCAGAUCAUCCAAUGGCCCAACGUCCUGGCCGCUUCGGGGAAAAAUAUUACUACGGCAAACUUUUAUUUGAGGAAUGUCCUCCAGUUCAUGAUCUAUUUUAAGGAGACCCCCCCGAAGUUGGCCAGGCUCUCCCAAAGCCAGAUUACUGGCGUGAUCCGGGCCGUGAGGCAGGCCAUAAAAUCAAUCUCAAAAAAGAUGUUGGCCCACCAGCUGACGACCAAGGACAAAAAGUUGUCCAAAGUCGUUUCCCAGGAGUCGCUCAGGCGGUGCCAGGUCGGUGCGCGGAAGGCGAUUCCUAAGCUGCUGAAGGAACUCCGGGAGGACUACACCGUGCAGCUGAGGAACGCCUUCUACGGCUAUUUUAGCGCCUUUAUCGCAUCGAUUUACGGGCACCACCCGGGCGUCUUUAAGAAUAUGACUGUGGCGGAGGUCAGGGGAGCGGCCACUGAGGGCCGGCCUCCCACGGGCUACGUCAUCCGUGUGAAAGAGCACAAGACAGCCAAAGAUUUUGGACCGGCGCAGAUGUUCCUGGAGCCGGAGGAGUACGACUGGCUCCUCAAGUGGCUCCAGGUCAGGGAGCGCUGCAAUCCUCCGGGGGACUGGGUGUUCUUCACCCCAGGAAAAGGGCCGCUGAAGAACCUGGUCCGGUAUAUGCAGGAGGCGUGGGCGGAGAUGGGCUUGCCCGGCAAGCCCACCUUCAUCGACCUGAGGACCGCCGUGUCUGCACACGCAAAGAACGUGCACGUGCCGGAGGUGCGCAGCAAAGUGGCAAAGUUUAUGUGUCACAACACUGCCACCACUACCACGGCUGACCGCUACUACGCCCUCCACAUGGACGUAGAGCAGUCGCGUGCGAUGAGGCGCCACUUUGAGGAGGCCUCCACUCUGCCCCACCUUGACUCACCCUCGUCCCCGCCAAAGCCCAAGAAGGUUUGCCCCAGAAAAGCUACAGCUCAGGAGGAGAGUGACAGCACCUCACUGAGUGACGAGGCGGUCCCCUACCAGGAGGCGGGAGACUCCUGCUUGGAGGAGCAAAGGUGGGAGCUGGUAUCGGAGGAAGAGGGACAGGAGGAGGAAGAGGGAAGAGGAGGAGGACGUCACUGCGCGGCCAGCAGCAUCUACACCAGUCAAGACCCAGAGGAGGGAGAUGUACAAAUAAACAAGGUGCAUAACAACAAGGUACACAGGUGCCUUCAGGCUCAACAUGGAGGGAUGUGACUACUGGAGGCUGAAUGUGGGCUCUGGUCACGGCUGGGAGACGCUUCCAACUGACCUGCUUGUACCAUCAUUUCUUUCUCACUAACCAAAAUGAAUGGCUGUAAGACUACUCCUGCAUGGAUGGGAACUGUUUUCUC